GUACGGUGCAUAAUAGAUACGAAAGCGUUUGAUUCUCAAUUUGUAAGCGUAAGCGCAUCUCAUCGUGUUCCUCUCUCUCUCUCUCUGAGGCUUUGGGUUUUACUUUUUCAUCGAAGAAGUAACAUUUUCCUUUGAAAGUAGUUAUUGUGUUCUUGUAACUGUAUAAUAUGGAUCAAGAAGACGGCAAGAAUGGUGCUGAGAAUCCUCCAGAAGAGUCUUCUAAUCCUCAAACAUCAGAGAAAGAUGAUAGCAACAAGGAUACAAAUGCACCUGAAGGGUCAAGUAAACCAGAGUUGAGUGACAAGAAAACUCCAACAUCACUGAAGGCGAAGACUAAAGUCCUUAAGAAAUCUAAGGCUGGCAAGUUGAAGACUGUGAAUAAAGGCUCUCAAAAGAUUGGAGGGAAAGGAAAGAACAAAAAAGUUGCAGGGAACGUUGAUGAACAGCCUAAAGAGAAGAGUGAGAAUGUUAAAAAUAAUAAAGGAAAGGAAGUUGAAAAUGGGAGCACCAGUGGCAAAAGUCCUAUUGCAAAGAAUGAGAAGGCUGAAAAUAAUAAAGAGAAUAAAAUUCAAGAAGGGAGCACUAGCGGCAAAAGCCCUGUUGGAAAGAGCGAGAAGGAUGAUAAUGAUAAGGGAAUUCAAAAAGGGACAACUAGUCGUAAUGCAAAGAGACGCCGGGGUAGACUAGUUAAGAUUGGAAAGUUGGAUCAGUCUGAACAAAAGCCGGAUAAGACUGAACAAAAGCCGGAUAAGACUGAACAACAGCCAAAGAAUGAAGAGAAUCAUAGAGAGUUAGACAAGGGUGGCAGGAGUAGAAGUAACAAAACAAAACGCAGUGGCAAUGACAAACCUGAGUCCAGUGAGAAAAAUAGAGAAAAAGUUGGUGGUUUGAUCUUCAUGUGCAAUGCAAAGACAAAACCUGACUGUUUCCGCUAUCGAGUCAUGGCUGUUCCAGGUGGUAAGAAAGAGGUUGUUUUAGGCAUAAAGCCUGGUACUAAGCUUUUUCUUUAUGAUUUUGAUCUGAAGCUGUUGUAUGGGAUUUACAAAGCAUCGUCUGCUGGUGGUAUGAAACUCGAGCCCCGUGCUUUCGGCGGUAACUUUCCCGCUCAGGUGCGGUUUAGUGUUGCUUCCGAUUGUUUACCGCUGCCCGAGAGCGUUUUCAAGAACGCCAUCAAAGAAAAUUAUAAUGACAAGAACAAGUUCAAAACUGAACUUACUAUUAGACAAGUUAGGAGGCUUACAGCACUUUUUAGACCAGUGGAUAUCCAUUCAGCCGUGCAGCCUGUCCGCUCCCCUCCAAAAGCAAAAAUUCGAGACAGGGAAGCUCGUGAUGAUGUUAGGGGAUCCCGGCCUCGUGUGCAUAGGGAAAUACCUAACAUGCUGCCAUACGAAAGGGAUUCCCGAAUUGAAAGGCGAGAAGAAGCUCCUCCUCGUGAUUUAUUUCUUACCGAAAAGAGUUACCGUGCUUACGGUCUCCUAGGUGUUUCCCAAGCAAAUCCUGUACUCGAUCCUUACGAGAGGGAUUAUGAAAGAGAACGCCGCCAUAAUUUGGACCACCCUAUUUACAGGACAGACGAAAGGGAUUAUGAACGAGAGCGCCGCGACAACCAUCAUAUGGACCACCCUAUUUAUAGGAAAGACGAGAGGGAUUACGAAAGAGAGCGCCAUCAUCACUUGGAGCCCCGUAUUUACAGGAACGACGCCCCUUCACAUGGCGCUGAUCGUCUUCGUUUCAACGAGGAUGAGCAUCAGGCCUAUUAUCGGAGUGCGGUUUCUGAUCGCGUGGACGAUCCUUAUCAUCCCUAUCGCUAUGGAGCUUCUCCACUGGAUCCAUAUUUGCCACCUGUGAAUAGAGAAGAAAUACCUUCAAGGUCUUAUUUGGUUGGAACUGAUAACUUGCGAAGAGGAGAACCUGUUGCAGAUAGCAGGCUUUACUCAACCCAUUCUGCUGCUAAUGCUUUGUCCGAAUAUAACCGGAUGCAGCGUUACCAUGGAGCAGAAUUGGAGACUACAACUGUGCCAGUUUCAUCUCGUUACUCUUUCGCUGGUCCUUCAUAUUCACUUCGCUAAAUCAAACAUGUUGUAGAUUGAACCCCCUUUGUCUUAUGUUACUUGAUAUUUUGUCUUCUAUUCAUAAAAUAACUUAUGAAUCCUGCAUACUGUUUUUCUUAGGUACCUUUAAAUUUGGAAAGCACAUUUGCUUUGUGCACUAGAUUUGUUGUGAUAUUGACAAUUUACCAUGCAGACACUACUAGCUUUGGAACUUUCCAAUUUUUUCUUAA